CAUUAAGGGACCAAGGUCCUUUCCCGUAUAUAAGGGCCUCUCCCUCUCUUCAUCUUCCACUUUUGCAUUUCCUUUCGAGAGCCUUUGCCGUCCGUUAAGUCCUCCGAGCAAGUUUCCAACAUCCUCCGUCGGUUCUCCGAUUCCUUUUCCGGUAAACCAAGUUAGUCCUUGUUCCUUCCUCUUUUCUCGAUCAGGUCUUCCUCAGAUAACCAGAUUUAGUCAGUCCACUCGUAUGGAUCUGACGAGGCUCUUUCUCGUUCUUCUCCCCAUUCUUCUUCUCAACCUCCUUCUCAUCUUCCUUCUCCCCCCGUCUAGUCAAGCGCGGCCCGCGCCUGCACUGGGAUUCCAAUCGCCCAACUGCUGAACCGGAUUCUUGGGUCGUAUGACCCCAUGACCAAGACCCAAGAGCAAUGGGAAAGACGGAUUAGGAGAGCCGGUUACUUCCCUCUCCCCAUGGAUCUGGUCUGAGGGACUCACCCCCGGACUUCAAAGAUUGCCUUGAACAAAGUAAGGCAAUUUCUCCCUGACAGUUACGCACUCAACCUGGUUGAACUUUUAUCUUGGACAUUCCAUCAAGAAAAAUAUGGAAAACUACCUUCAUUUUUGUUGACUUCUCGAUUGAUGAAUUCCCCUUUGCCAGCCGGCGAUUGGACGAUCAUCUACUCUGAGAUGAAUUCGCCUUGCCUGUGAGUUCUCCUAACCUUGAGGAGGCGUUGGAGAAGCUUCUUGAGGGCGAUCCGGACACUGGUGGGAAAUUCCAUUUUGAGAGCUCGCCCAGUGGAUAGACCGGGGUGCGAAUGGUACCUCAUCAGCCUAUGAUGCAGAAAGAAACGGGGUACCAACCCCAAGCAAUGAAGCGGAGGUCGGGUGCUUGUUCCCUCCCAGAUAUGAAUUUUCGUAGCUUUUGCAAGCCCACCAAGAAGUUCACCGCCCAGGCUGGGUUCAGCUCCUCCCAACCAGCCUCCACAGUUCUUCAUCUGGAGAUCAUGGUAGCUACCUCCUGGUUGAUCCCCAUUCAGGAGGAGGCUGUUGAGAUCCUCUUUGAGGAGGAGAGGCAGCCCUCGCAGGAGAGGCUGGAAAAAUCCCUGGGAUGGGAGAAGGAGAAGAAAAUGAAAGAGCAUCAGGGUGAGAAGAGGUCCUCUAAUUCCCUUCAUGGCUCCUCCUCCAAAAAGGAGAUGGUGAUUGCUUCUAGAGGAUCAGUCUGCUUUCGUCACCCGGCUGGAGGCAAGGCUAAAUGUAACGCCCCAAAACAUGGUUUAAAAGUUAUUCUAUAAUAAAACUAUUUUAGAAACAAUAUGUUGACCCAACAAAAAUAUUAUUUCUAUGUUUGACCAAAAACGAAUGAAUUUUUAGAAUCAAUGAUUUUUUUAAGAUUGACUUUUAUGGAUAAGUCUCGAAGAGACAAAUCCAACGGUAUAUUUUAUGAAUAAAUCUGAUAUACAGAUUUUUAGUAAUGACAUUUUAAAUAUGUAAUUUGUAUAAAAAUGAGAAGUGGUCAAAGAUGUGAACUUUUGUAAAAUGAUUUAUUGAAAUGAAUAUUUAAAUUUAAUGAUUUUGAUUGAAUAUUAGACUAAUUUUAAUUACAUAUCAAUUAACUCAGUUUUGACUUUGUCGAAGCCAACACCUAAAAAUAUGUUGUCGAAAAAAGUAUUUCAAAUAAAUAUAAAAAUUAUAAUAGAGUUUUGACUAUCUAAUCGCACCCCGAUUGAGGUAAUUUAAUCAACCUAAACUGGAACCAAUUAAAUUAGCUGCCCCCUCCACUCACCUUAAUCGAUGGAAAUCGCAGAGCUACACAACUCCUUCACAGGCCUAUAUAUAGAGGCAUUCAUUCUUCAUCAAUACCACACCAAAAUCAUCACAUUAGUUAGAGCAGAGUUCAGAGAAUUGAGAGAAGCUGUCCGGAAAGCUUCCUGUUGCCGGAGCAAGCUGUGGUGUUCGCUGUUCCGCCAGAAUCAUCGUUUCACUUCAAAGUAAACCCAUAGAUAUAUCUAGUGAUUAGAAUGUUCGUAUAGAUCGUUUCUACGUUCAUAAAUGGUCGUUUGGUUG